GUUUUCCCUUCGUCCUCGCCACCAAUACAAUCCAAUUCCUUUUUUCUGUAUUCGUCGUUGUUCUUCUCGUGAUCUCUCUCUGAAACCAUGGCUGCGGAGAAAGAGAGAGAGACCCAGGUUUACUUGGCCAAGCUUGCUGAACAGGCCGAGAGAUAUGAAGAAAUGGUAGAAUGUAUGAAGAAUGUUGCAAAACUUGAUCUUGAGCUUACUGUGGAAGAGAGGAACCUCCUCUCAGUGGGAUAUAAAAAUGUCAUUGGUGCAAGGAGAGCCUCUUGGCGCAUUAUGUCCUCAAUCGAGCAGAAGGAAGAGACUAAGGGAAAUGAGCACAAUGUUAAGCAGAUCAAGAAUUACCGCCAAAAGGUUGAGGAGGAACUCUCCAAAAUUUGUGGUGACAUCCUGACUAUUAUAGACCAGCAUCUAAUUCCUUCUUCCGCCUCAGCAGAAGCUAGUGUUUUCUACUAUAAGAUGAAAGGUGAUUAUUAUCGGUAUCUUGCUGAGUUCAAGACCGACCAAGAAAGGAAAGAGGCAGCCGAGCAGUCACUCAAGGGAUAUGAGGCUGCUUCAGCCACUGCCAACACCGAUCUUCCAUCAACACAUCCAAUCCGUCUUGGACUUGCUCUCAACUUCUCUGUCUUUUAUUACGAGAUCAUGAACUCUCCUGAAAGGGCCUGCCAUUUGGCUAAACAAGCUUUUGAUGAGGCAAUUGCAGAGUUGGACACCUUGAGUGAAGAGUCAUACAAGGACAGUACUUUGAUCAUGCAGUUGUUGAGAGACAACCUGACUCUCUGGACAUCCGAUUUGCCAGAAGAUGGAGGCGAGGAGAACAUAAAAGCUGAAGAAGCCAAACCUACUGAGCCUGAGAAUUAACUAGGUUCUUUUGGAUCUUUGGCCCUGAUUCAAUAGUCAGAUUUUUGUGGUGCUCUGCAAAGAGGGCAUUUUUCAGCUUUUCUUGCAAUGGAUUUGGAAUGGACAAUAUGAGCUGUCGCCACUUCAUAAUUACCAACCAAAGCCAAAAGAUCUGAGCCUGCCUUUUCUUUAUUUCUUUAAAUUGUUUUUCUUUCUUACUGCCUUUAUCUAUUUUAAGCAAAGUGGUCGGUUGAAACAAUGGAUAAUUCACAUUUAAAUCAUAAGAAUCUUUUUCAUGUGUUCA